UGCAAGCCAAACAAAAUGAGCAAGAAGGAAGUUUGUUCUACUAGUACAGUACCCCCUCUAGCUAGAUGUUCUCACAAUUUUAAAAAGUUUCAAGAGUUGACCCAAGAUCGAAGGAACCAGACAAGAUGCCGGACAACACUUACCAUGAGAUCCAGGUGCCAGCCCAACCACACAAGGGCCGCAAAACGUCCAACGUCCAACUCACUUUUAACCGCUUACUCUCCUUGGAAACAAGUGUCAACGAGCCUCAAGGUUUUGCGGCCAAGAAUGCUGUUGAAAGAGACCAAUCUCAAGAGUUCAAGUCGCCAUACCGGCCACAUAUGGAGGGCCGCAGCAAGUCCAAUGUCCAGGUGACUGUGAACCAGCGGCGACCAGGUAUAGUCCAUAGCAGUUCCCGCAACACCUCGAACACGAGAUUGGACCAAAUGGGUGGUGCCUUGACCCAACACACCAGAGUCAAUGAGCCUCAAUGUUUUGCGGCCACGAAUUUUGAAAGGGACCACUCUAUUGAGUUCAAGACGCCAUACCGGCCACACAUGGAAGGCCGCAGCAAAUCCAACGUCCAGUUGACCGUGAACCAGCGGCGAGCAGGUAUAGUCCAUACCGGUAGCAGUUCCCGCAACACCUCGAACACGAGAUUGGACCAAAUGGGUAGUGCCUCGACCCAAAACACCAGAGUCCCUCGGAAGGAAAGGGUUGCAAUUGGUCUUGGCAAUUCCACAAGUUACGGUAGCAACAGUUCCUUGAGUCAAGGAUACAACCAAAGCGACGACAGUAGCCCCCAGAGGCUUAUCGGCUCCCGCAACAACUCCAACACCAGAUUGAAUCAAAUGGGCGUCAGCUCAACCCACAGUGACGGUGCAGGCCGUCUUCCCCGACAGACGAGGGGUCUUCGAGGCUCUCGCGGCAACGAUCAUGAUGCCAUUCCAAGUACCCCCCUCAAAGCGAGGACUUCAAGGGGCCUUGGUAGUGGCCGUGGCAGCACUUGGUCGAGCCAACGUUCUGAUUCCAGAAACGGGAACUGGCAGACGUCUGUGUUCUCAGGGGGCAGGCCCCCCUAUGCAAGCAACACCAGUGGCGCAAACCUACAGGUGCAUGGUAGUCGCACCCAACAGAGUUUGAUUGAUGGCCAUCAAGAUUCUGAUAGUUCCAUUGGGCUUUCCCUCGACGAUUCUGAUAGAAGCUUUGCCUGUGAUUCACAGUACCCUCUCGGUUAUGAUCUUGAAGAAGACUGCAUGGCUCAGGAACGUGCUGUCACUGAGGUGCCGAAGCAACAGAACGAGGAUUACAAAACGUUCGAAGAGUUGACAUCUCAAGCACCCAUCAAGAGCCAAAGUUGUGCGGUGAAUGAGACAUAUGAAAUGGAAAUUGCUCCUGAUUUCUAUGUUCCCUUUCGUGGUGCAAAGGAAGUAUGGGAUGCACUUGACAAUGGGAGCACACUGGAAUGUACCUGUUUGGAGUGCUUCAUCCAGCUGGUAUGUGUGGGAGACUGCGAACAUGUUGUCUGUCCUGAUUGCAGAAUGGUCAAUCCUGUUUUUGAACAUCCAGCCGGUGUAACCAGUCCCUUUGGAGCUGGGAUGGGUUUCAAGAAGGAAUGGAUCACCCCGCAGCGACGAAAAAGCCGCAUGCUGCCAACUGGUGUUGAGUUGAUGCCCACUGCAGCUUAG